AUGGAUGCUGCCUGGGACACGACAACGCAAGAGGUGCACGGCGGGCAGACCUGGUCCGCCUGCCCCAACUUUGUGUGCGACUUCUCCGUGACCACCAAUGCCUUCGGCCCGCCCGCCGCUGCCCUGGCGGCCGCCACCAAGGCCCUCUCCACCAUGCACCACUACCCCCCCGCCGACAACGCCGCCGCGCUCGCGGCCCUCUCCGCCUUCACGCGCUGGCCGCAAGAGCAGCUGCUCCUUGGCAACGGUGCGUCGGAGUUCAUCGACCUGGUCAUGCGCGCCCUUCCCGAGGGGCCGUUCAAGCCGGGGCCGUAUAUCGCCGCGUACAAGGAGUACCACCGCGCCGCCCGCGCCGCCGGGAGAGACGUGCUCGCCCAUGACGAUACCACCACCGAUCCCGCCGUCACCGUCAUCAUCCACCCCAAUUCGCCCACGGGCGACUGCAUGAGCCUGCAGGACCUGGACGCCUUAGUCAGCAGCACCAAGGGCGUCGUCGUUGUUGACGAGUCCUUCAUGCCGUUCCGUGGCGCGACGUGGCGCGACGAGUCCGCGCUCUGCUUACUGCCACAGCACCCGGAGCGCCUCAUCGUGCUGGCGAGCUGGACCAAGAUCUGGAGCUGCCCUGGUAUCCGUAUUGGGAGUAUAGCGAGCUCACCAGAGUGGACGCGCACCUUCAAGAAGCUCCAGACCCCGUGGAGCGUCAACGUGUCGGCACAGGCGUUUACCGUCGCCGCGUGCAAGGACGAUGCGUACAUGAGGCAGACGUGGGACUCGUUGCCGAAAUGGAAACUUGAGACGCAGGAAAGGAUCAGGGGCUUGGGGUGGAAGGUGAAUGAAACUUCACCGAGCUGGGUGCCCUGGGUUUUCGUGCAUGUGGGGGAUCGAAAAGUCGCUGCAAAGGCUGUCGAGGUGGCGAUGAAGGUGGGAUGCCCAAUAAGGCCGUGUGCUAGCUUCGGACUCCCAGAGUAUAUUCGGUUGGGCGUCAGGAGACCGGAGCAUCAGGCGGUGCUCUUCAAGGCAUGGAAGGCUGAGCUCAAGCUGGGUGCGGCCAACGGUUGUAGUGCGUAGUUGUAGAGGUGGUGGUGCGGGGGGAGGAGGAGGGGGGGAUGGGUUUUUGAGCCCAGGUUAGGGGAGGAUCUCGGUUUUUCUUGUUUGACGCAUGUCAUCAUCACUUUCCAUACGUUUGAUUGGAAUACGGACAUGCUCUUCAUACGUGUGUCGUGGAGUCAGAAGUGCGGUGGACUCAACUGCCUUGUUUUUUUUUCUUCAUUUUGCGUUCAGAACGCAAC